AUGCAUUUUCAGCAGACCGAAUCCGCUGGCCCUGGCGCCGAACAAGACGUACCCAAGAUCUCCACCAAGGUCUUCACGAAGAAGUCGUCAAGUCUGCCAUUUGGGCAAGACCUUCCUCUCGAAUCUAUUAGCGGCCCUACCUACCUCACGGCGCAGACGCUCGUGCAGCAAGUCGCGUACACUCUCUCCGACAAGAUCUUCGCAUACUCAAACGAGUCAUUCGACCUGGAUGUAGCCGUCAAGCACUGGCAAGAGCAGGGCGAGAAGAAUGCUUUCGGAUAUGAAACGGGCAUUUCUUCGCUUGAGACAAGAACUGGGGCUGGCGCAAUCGCGCUGGGCUACAUCUUCUCAAGAGACUUCGACUUGAAGAAGCGCCACAUCCCGCAGUCCAUUUUGGCCUCUUCCUCCACGCUCGCCUACCUCCGUUCCUCCUUCGACCAGCUCUCCGCCCUAUACUCGGUCGCGAAUCCGCUUACCGCUCACAUCGCCGCUGUCGAUUACUCUGCCAAUUCCAACGCCGGGCUAGUCACCGACUAUGUCUCCUCACUCACACUUGCCGAAGAUUUGGGGCUUGGUCUCGUCUGCAGUCCCUCUGUCUUCGAAGCGCAGCAUAUGGCUCUCUUCGCGACUCUGCUUUCGAGCGUCCUCCCCACGGUGCAUACCUACGAUGGCAUCAGCGUCGGACGAGAGACAGCUAGAUUGGUUGAUACUAUGGAUCAGACUAGGCUACACAACAACUAUCAGGCGGUGUUGAAGGCUGUUUCUGAGGUCGACAAGAAGCAUUCGGACACUGAGGGACGCGUUCUACGCCUACUCCAAGCUUUCAACGACGAGCUUGGUGAAGAUUACAAGCUCUUCGACUACUAUGGUCACGAGGAGCCUGAGAGCGUCCUUGUGGUCUUUGGUACCGUCGAGGCCUCCUUGACUGCCCAGGUCGCCAAUGCCUUAUCCAAGGAUGGUGACAAGGUCGGUGUUAUCAAUGUCCGCGUCUACCGCCCAUUUGUGGAAGAAGCCUUCCUUGAGGCUCUCCCAAAAAGCACUCGUCGCAUUGCUGUUCUCGGCCAGGUCAAGGAUGAGGCUGCUGUGUUCGACUCUGCUGAGUACUCUAGGCUCUACUCAGACGUCUUGGCAGCAACUCAGUUCGCUUUCGACAGGAACGUUGAGGUCACAGAUGUCAAGUACUCUCGCGAGCAGGUUUGGACACCAAGCAAUAUCCUCGAUGUCUUCCGCCAGAUCCACGGCGAGAAGGCGCAGACCGAGGUGCGGUCGUACGUUGACAUUCUGAACACUACGGAUGUCAAGCAGUACACUUUCUGGGAUUUGGACGAAUCUUCGGCUGCUCAUGCCCCAGUCGUGCUUGGCAAGCUCCUAUCGCAUGACUCGUCGAAGAAUGUCUUCGUUCGCAGUGGUCACGACAAUCUCGUCCAGGGUGGUGUCACUCGCACUGACAUCCGCAAUGCGGAUUACACCAUUGAGGCUCCAUACUCCGUUGAGCAGGCCGACAUAGCUUUCAUUGGCGAUUUGACCAUCCUCCAGGAGUUCGACGUCCUGAACAGCGUCAAGCCUGACAGCUCUAUCAUCGUCAAACUUCCCGGCAUCAAGGAUGAAGAUCUAGAGACGAAGCUUUCCCCUGCAUUCCGCAAGGCGUUGGUCGACAAGGAUGUCGAACUCUUCGUGCUCGAUCCGACGCUAUCAGAGGCCUUAGCUGAGGAUGCUACCCUUGAGUCUUACCUGAUUCAGCUGGCGUUCUUGAAGGUUGCUCGCGAGGAUCUCCUGACCUCUGGUCUGUCCAAGUUAGCUGCUAUCAACGGUAGCUCUGAAGUCUUGGAGCAGCUUUCCCAGCAGCUGGAGAGCGCACUGCGCGAAGUCGAAGUGCCUGCCACAUGGGCCACCGUUGAAGAGGAUGUCGAGCCCAUUCGACUUCCCUCUGACAUCAAUGUCAACAGCUUUGCUCCCUUCGACCGCGUCGAAACAGAGCCUCCUACACUCCUAAAGGACUGGCAAAUUGCGGCCAAGGGUUUUGCUUUCAAGGAGGCUUUCGGUACUGAUACCCAAGUUCGUCCAGAUCUUGGUGUCAAGACUUCCAUCGUCACCGUCAAGGAGCACCGCCGCCUUACGCCUCUCACCUAUGACCGUAACAUCUUCCACAUCGAGUUUGAUCUCGGCAACUCCGGUGUCACAUAUGCCAUCGGUGAGGCUCUCGGCAUCCACGCAGAGAACGACAAGGUACACGUCGAAGAGUUCAUCAAGUGGUACGGCCUCAACCCCGACGAGAUUGUCGAAGUGCCAUCCCGUGAGGAUCCAAAUGUCCUGGUGAAUCGCACUGUCUACCAAUCUCUCAUGCAGAACGUCGAUAUCUUCGGUCGCCCACCAAAGCGCUUCUACGAAAGCCUUGCCGAGUUCGCGGAUGACGAGGGCGAGAAGAACGCAAUUCUAAAGCUUCUUAGCCCAGAGGGUGCGUCGGAAUUCAAGCGCCGCGCCGAAGUCGACUUCGUUACUUUUGCGGACAUUCUUCUUGAGUUCCCGUCUGCGCAUCCCUCUUUCCAUGACAUUGUCCGGAUUGUCAGUCCCAUGAAGCGCAGAGAGUACUCCAUCGCCUCCGCGCAAAAUGUUACUCCCAACAGCGUCGCCCUUCUCAUCGUAACUGUGAACUGGGUCGACCCCAAGGGCCGCGACCGUUUCGGCCAAGCAACGCGUUAUCUCAACGCGCUACAUGUCGGCGCACCAGUUACCGUAUCCGUCAAGCCGUCUGUCAUGAAACUACCCACCAAGACCACAGCCCCUAUCAUCAUGGCCGGUCUUGGAACAGGUCUAGCGCCUUUCCGCGCCUUUGUGCAAGAGCGCGCAUACCAGAAACAGCAGGGACAUGAGAUUGGCGAAGUCCUCCUCUACAUGGGCUCCCGCACUCAACGCGAAGAGUAUCUCUUCGGUGAGGAGUGGGAAGCCUAUCAAGAUGCCGGCAUUAUUACUCUCCUCGGCCGCGCCUUCUCUCGAGACCAGCCUCAGAAGAUCUAUAUUCAAGACAGGAUGCGAGAGACUCUCUCUGACAUUAGGAGAAGCUACAUCGAACAGGAAGGUUCGUUCUACCUUUGCGGACCCACAUGGCCGGUGCCGGACGUCACGGAGGUGCUACAGGAGGCCAUUGAGGUUGAACAUAAGUUCAAGAACCCGGGUGCGAAGAAGGUGGACUCGAGGAAGGAGAUUGAGAAACUCAAGGAUGAGGGGCGCUACGUGCUUGAAGUUUACUAG